UGUACUGCGACAGAGUUCAGUCAGUCAGUCAGUCGGUCGGUGCCGCUAUCAAUUGCCGCUUCACGUUGAGUUUCUGGAAGGUCUCUCACGACAAACACGCAAUCAUCACGAUUCCAUUCGAUCAUCAGUUCUUUAAUCAACGUUCUGCCCACACGUCUCGAUCCCUUCCGUCUCCGGUCGAGAAAGAAGAAAAUCACAUGCAUGCGAUGUGCAUACAGAAAAGCAGCCCACGAUGCGAGGAGCGAUGUAAAGCGGACGAUUGGUAGAGCGAUGUAGUACAAAGAUAUCAUGUCGUUUUUCGGCGAGUUUAAUGAAGAUUACACUGGAGCGUAAUAGCGCGCGAUUCGAGGCCCUAAAUGAAAUAACGAGCUUGUCCCUACUUCGCUCUCAAACCGUGAAAUUCAAGACCGUAACGGCAACAUGUUCCUGUUGCUGACAGUGCACGAACGGAGGUUGCUGCAGUAGCCGAGAACAUUCGCCAACCAUUUUAAAAGACUACGAUCCUAUCGACACGAGCACGUCUCACUUUUACGAAAGUAAACAUCCCACCGAUCAUGAAGUGGCCCUCUAUCAGCAAGACAUUCACAUGGACGACGUUUUGCCUAUUCAUGCUUUUAUUCCUGCCGACGAGAACAAAUGCUCUAGAGGAGAAUUGUACGGAUUUUCAAGGUGGCACUGUCCGACAUGGUCUUUUGUACGUGCCAGGACCUGCGGUCUGUAGUCUCUGCGUUUGUUAUCAUUCCGAGCCGAUGUGGUGUCAAGCCAUCUACUGUACGCCACCAUACAAAUGCAAAAGGUUCCGCGUGGGUGAGCGCUGCUGCGAGUUCGAGUGUCUUGACGACAAAGUCGAUUGGAGUGGCCCGGAUGUGUACGACGCUGCAGGAUCGUCCAAAAUCCAGGAGCAGAGUUCAGUCUUAAGCUUUUGUGGUCUGUUGAUCGCAUUAUUGAUAGUGCCUUAGUUACAAUGAGACGAAAUAAGAUCGCAGUCAUCGUCAUAAACCUUUUCCUCCGUCGAAUAAUUCAAAGUAUUUGUCUAUUAAACACAUCAGUCAUUAGGUGAAUCAGUGACGAUAAUGCUAACGAUGACAGCGGAAUUACGUACAAGAAAUUCUCGAGGCGCAGGUUUGUUUCAUAUCGCAAAUAUUCAAUGUUUUGACGAACACGCUUCUUUGUCGCGAUUAGCUCGUCCAUUCAAUAUCGAAACAACACGAGUUUAGUUAAAUCGAUGAUUAAUCAGAUUACUUUUUAAAUAAUCGCGAAGAAUUGAGGAAAUGGAAUAUUUUAUUUCGCAAAUAAUAAGUACCGAUAAAAUCUUUUGAUAAAAAAGCAAUAUUUAUAAGAACUUGUAGAUUUGCUCAAGCUGGGAAUACAUGCGCGCGCGCGCGCGCCUGAAUAAGUCUUUUAUUUUCUCGAUUUUCCAUUUCCUUUAGAAGCGAUUAUUUUUUCAUAUUUUUCCACAUUGUCAAAUUCGAUAUAAUAACAGACGGCACGCGAACUGGAUAUCGAGUUAAAACCUCGUUUGAAGGAAACCUCGUUUCAAGGAAUGACGUGGGUGGCUCUUGAUCUAAUCCGAACACUCGGAUGUCACUGUCAUGUACGAGAUAUACUUGAUCUCGUUUUAAAUAAAAUUCAUCGUUUUAUCGUACAGGGAGUAUGUGCGGUAAUGCAUAUAAAAUCGUGUCGUUAAAAGAUUGAUUCAGUGCUCAAUUCUCAGUCAGUUUUUUUGCCUUAACCGAUUAUCAAUUCUUGGGAUUGAUCGUAUCAGAUUUAUAACGGAUGUCGCAAUAUUAACGUAUGAUACAAAAAUUGACAAGAACAUGGCAUCUGAUGACAUCUGAGCUUUGCCUUUGCUAACAUUCGUGGACGACUAAGAAGCAGACUGAAAGCAAUUGAGACUUCGCGCACAUACAAGUGUGUGCGUAGUGCAUAGGAAAUUUUUAUUUUUCCAAUGUUGUAGAACGAUGUGUGAUAACGAAACGUGUUAUAUUUGAGAGAGAUUAGCGCGCAGAAAUAUGCAAGUCUCUUAUCGUUAGAAAAAAGCAAAAGCGCACGUCAGGAAGCUCUACUGUCGAGCGUGUGAUAUUCUCUUUGUUAACAGAGAGACCCGUUUCAAUCUUCAAUUCAAUCGAUUUUACUGUUUGCUUCGCUUUACUUUGUAUUCACCGGCAAACAAGCCGGUUUUUUUUCUUUUUGCCCGAGCGGGCAACUCGCCCCGAUUUCUGUGAGUAAAAUGUUUUAAAAUGAAUGAAAUUAAGAGCUUGUGUGAUAAACUAAUAUUUAUCGAUCUAUUGUUCUAUUUGUUUUUUUAUUUCUUUUAUUUCUUAUCUAUAUAUUUGUUGUGUCCCUUUCAAUAAUUAGAUAUUUACUUUAUCUCGCUUAUGCGAGGAGAGACGCUUUUCAAUUACAAUGAACAAAUUAUUUUGCGAAUCACUUUAUCAAAUCAUAAUGACUUGUUUACGUAACAAGAUUUUAUUAAAAUAUCAUCAAAAGAAAAAAGAUUCGAUUGUACUGGUUACGAAAAUUUGUAGCGUAAACAUAUUAGGGGAAAAAGAUCUACUCUCAAAUAUUUAUGUACAUGCAUUAAUUGAUUGAUACUCGGAUGUGAAAAAACUUAAUAGGAUGGAAAAACAUGGAUUAAUAUGUUAUAAUUAUUAUCUGGGUUUUUGUGCAUAUUAUUUCUUCGUUAAAAGUUUUAUUAUACACAGUU